GAGCGGCGCCGACUAGCGUCGAGUACCGCCGAGUCUCCCUUGCAGUGAUCAUGUACUCUCGGUUCCUCUCUGACUUAACUAUCAAAAAUUAAGUAAAAAUAGAUAUAAGCAUAAAUAAGCAGAACAUACUUUUUUAAUUCUACUCUUCCUAUUUUUCUUUUAAUCCCAACCUAACCUGUCUUCAAAUCGCAGUAUUGCGAUUUGCGAAUUGAAAAUAUUGAACGAUUUGAUCUUUAUCUUAGCUAUUUUUUUCAACGUUGAAUAUGAAUUAUAAGAUGUAUAAAAAAUGUACAUAAUUUAGAUUUAUUGAAAUAAAAGUGUGAUAUUUCAUCAAGUGAUACAGUCAUAAAGCUACAAAUUGAUAGUGUGACCCUGAGGUUAUGCCGACAAAAUGUAAGAAUCUUUUUCUUCUUGAGAAAAAAGAACAUUCAGAAAAACGAAAAUUGUGUAUUAUAAAUAAUACAUAAAAACAGGUACAAAAAUCAGUGUACAAAAAAUCAGAUAUAAAAAAGUUGUAUACAAAAGAUAACAAGUAUCAAUUUCUCUUAAAACAGGAUUCUUCAAUUUUUCCAAACUUGUAAAUAGUUUUUAAAGUCAUCUGUUGUUCUUUGUCGAAAUAUAUAUAAGUCAGCAUGACCGCUCCUAUCAGCACCCUAUCUCAUAUGGAUUUGAAUGGUGCUUUGAGCUCCAACUUUAUUCCCAAUCGGGAGUAUCUGCUACUAGGAUCUGUACUGGAUACUUCUGUGGAAGUCCUAUUGCACAGACUUCGUGGUUUGUGUGACAACGUGGACCAUGGACCGGAAGGUUUCAAUGAUCAUGAGAUGUCUUUUAGCAUUCGCAAAAGCGAUCAGAAUGAACAGCCAUUGGUGCUGCGAGUGCGACGUUCCCUGGAUCCAGGCUAUGCAGACCAUCCAUGGCAGCUGCGAUACAUUGGCCAAGAGGAGCUGGGCGACAAAUCUCGGCCUACAAUUGUUCGCAGCAGCAUUGAUGUUGCCACCAGCAAUACCGUAGUGGAUUUCCUUACUGAGUUGGGCUGCAAGAUGGACUUUGAGUACAUUACACGUGGCUACAUGUUUCGCAAAGGUCGAAUGAAGAUCACUGUGUCAAAGAUCUUCAAGGUAAACCAGAAUAAGGGGCCAGAAAACAUACAUACGGAUAUGAUUUCGCAAAGUUAUCUGGUGGAACUCAGUGUGAUAGCCGCGACUGGACAGGACGCUGUAGCCGAUGACAUGAGGAUAUUCGCGGAGCAACUACGACCUUUGGUACAAUUGGAGAAAGUGGAUUACAAGAGAUUUGUAGAUCCAACUCCUAGACCUCAGUAAGAUUUUCCUAUUGUUAAGAAGUACUUUUACAUGAAAGAACUUGUGUGAAUUUUAAUCAUCGAAAGCGUCGAAAAAUGUACAUUAUAUGGCGAUUUGAAAAGAAGCGAAGAACAUUUUUAGAAUAUUAUUUAUUUAUCAUAAAUCAUUAUUUAACUUAAAAAAAAAGGCUUCUUAACGCAAUCAUAAAUAACAUAUCCAAUUUUCUUUUUUUAUCUAUUUAAAGUGAUUAAAAAAUCUUUAAAAACUCACGAACAUACUUUUUAAUUUUUAAAAUAAAUGUCUGUAUUUUGCUUUAAAAAAAUAAAAUGUAAUAUAAUUUAAUUAUCUUUAAAAGUUCGAGAAUUUUUCAUGGAAAAAAUCGGACCAAUUACCUAUCGUAUUUCAAGGGUUGUUAUUCAUCAAUAUAAGAUUUUGAUCUGUCGUACACACACACACAUGUGUAUACAUAACAAAUGUAUAUAUAUAUAUAUAUAUAAUUCUGUACUUAUAAUUAGACUCGCGAUUUUCCAUAUUCAUAGCUUAAGAUAUGAUGUGAAAAUUAUUUUAUUAUAUAAAAUAUGUAAUUGUUAAAUUAGAAUAAGAAAGUGAUUACGAGAUUAUUAUGUCAAGAAUAAACAAUUUUUUAAUCUUUUUA